UGCUGGAGCCUUCUCAUGUGGCUGAUGCAAACCUGGAGAAUUUGCAUCAUCAUUUAGCCGGAUUAAGCUGGUGUGACAGGCAGGAGCUUAAAUACCAGCCCAUAAGGAAGGGGAACUGGUUUGUUAUGAUAGGGCGGCUGCGGCGGCCACAGCACAGAGGUAGUCGGAGGAGGUGGAGGGGGUGAAGGAGCCGGAGCCCCAAGAACACACAGGUUGUUUCCGAAGAGUAAUCAGAUACCUGUGAAGGAGAAAAUACACCUCUGAGUUUUUACCUGUGAACACUAGUGCCCUGAGAGACAAUCAGAGAGCAAAGAGGAAGAGAUUAGUCAGUCACACCAAGAGACACCAAAGUUGAAAGUUUUAGUUUUUUCUUUUUCUUUUUCCCCCCGUUUCCUUUUCCCCACCGUGUGUCACUACCAUGGUCAGAAAGCCUGUCGUGUCCACCAUCUCCAGUGGAGGUUACCUGCAGGGGACUGUUCGCGGGAGGCUGCCUUCCCUGGGGGGCAAGGAGCCCCCCGGGCAGGAGACAGUGGUGCUGAAGAAGAAGAUCACCUUGCUGAGGGGCAUCUCCAUCAUCAUUGGCACCAUCAUUGGCUCAGGAAUCUUCAUCUCUCCUAAGGGCGUGCUGCAGAACACCGGCAGCGUGGGCAUGUCCCUGAUUGUGUGGACGGUCUGUGGGGUCCUGUCCCUGUUCGGAGCCAUGUCCUAUGCUGAACUGGGAACGAGUAUAAAGAAAUCUGGUGGUCAUUACACGUACAUUCUGGAAGUUUUCGGCCCAUUGCCAGCUUUUGUGCGAGUCUGGGUGGAACUGCUCAUAAUCCGCCCUGCAGCCACCGCUGUGAUAUCUCUGGCCUUCGGACGCUACAUCCUGGAGCCGUUUUUUAUUCAGUGUGAAAUUCCUGAACUGGCCAUCAAGCUCAUGACCGCUGUGGGCAUCACUGUAGUGAUGGCCCUUAAUAGCACCAGUGUCAGCUGGAGUGCCCGGAUUCAGAUCUUCCUCACCUUUUGCAAGCUUGUGGCGAUCCUGAUCAUCAUAGUCCCUGGAGUCAUGCAGCUAUUCAGAGGGCAAACACAGCACUUUAAAGACGCCUUUUCAGGAAGAGAUGCCAGUAUUAUGGGCCUGCCACUGGCUUUUUAUUAUGGAAUGUAUGCCUACGCUGGCUGGUUUUAUCUCAACUUUGUUACUGAAGAAGUAGAAAAUCCUGAAAGAACCGUCCCCCUGGCCAUCUGCAUAUCCAUGGCCAUCGUCACCGUGGGCUACGUGCUGACAAACGUGGCCUACUUCACGACCAUCAGCGCGGAGGAGCUCCUGCAGUCUGACGCUGUGGCGGUGACCUUCGCCGAGCGGCUGCUGGGCGAUUUCUCCUUAGCUGUGCCCAUCUUCGUCGCUCUCACCUGCUUUGGCUCCAUGAAUGGUGGUGUGUUUGCUGUCUCCAGGUUAUUCUACGUUGCGUCCCGAGAGGGUCACCUUCCGGAAAUCCUCUCCAUGAUUCAUGUCCGCAAGCACACUCCUCUGCCAGCUGUUAUUGUUUUGUACCCUCUGACGGUGGUGAUGCUCUUCUCCGCCGACCUCUACAGCCUGCUGAACUUCCUCAGUUUUGCCAGGUGGCUUUUCAUCGGGCUGGCGGUGGCCGGGCUGAUUUAUCUUCGCUACAAACGCCCGGAGAUGCACCGUCCUUUCAAGGUGCCGCUGUUCGUCCCGGCGCUGUUCUCCUUCACGUGUUUCUUCAUGGUCGCCCUUUCCCUCUACUCCGACCCGUUCAGCACGGGCAUCGGCUUCGUCAUCACGCUGACGGGGGUCCCUGCGUACUAUCUUUUCAUCAUCUGGGACAAGAAGCCCACGUGGUUUAGAAGAAUGUCCGGCAGAGUAACCAGAACAUUACAGAUAAUACUGGAAGUUGUACCAGAAGAAGCUUGUGAUAAAUUAUGAAUUCAUGCCUUUGAAAUCUUGGCAAUCUCUCCUUGGCCUUGUUUCUGCCCAAAGGGCUGGAACAAAAUGUGGAAGUUCACUUCAUUUUAUGAAAACCCAGAGGAUUGCUACUUGGGUGAUGGACUAAAGGAUCAGUUAUUUCUAUUCAUAUCUUUUAGCAUAUUCAAACUGGUUUCUAAGAAAUGUAGUUUUAACUCCAUGUAGGUAUAGAAAGCCGAUACGCAACUGUACCGUGAGCUCCCAUGAUUCUUGAGUCCUGACACCUGCCUGUUGAGGUGAGUGGAAAAGACUGUGGAAUGGACGACUGCUUCAGUGGUCUUUCUCUAUAACAUAUCACAGUGAAGAACCUUCAGAAACGAAGACUGAGAUGUUUUCUGUAUAUAUGGGUUUUGUAAAAACAAUUUUUACAUUGUCGAGAUGACCAUACUGUGAAAAGUGUUUUCUGUUCAUCUUGAG